AUGAUUCUUGAAGAUGAACAACAUACAUAUGAAGGUGAUUUUGAUUACUCUUAUGAUAAUGUAGAUAACAACAACUCAACAACGGAAACAUUUAAUAGUCAUUAUCCGAAUCUUACAACAAGACUACAAAGAAGAGCAAGUCUUCAUGAAAAACAAGUUCAUCGCCAACUUCAACGAGAUCUAGUCGAGUAUAUUUGGAAAUAUUUUGGACAUGAAGAUGAUUAA